AUGCCAUCCUCAUGUAAAGAUCUUCGCGCCGCUUUGGCAGCUUGCCUCCAGAACUCUGACUGCAUCAUGAUCGACCGGCACACGCCGGUGGAAUGCCUCUCCCCUCCGCUUCUCGAAACGCUCCCGGAGCAAUGCCAGCAACUCAAAAGAGGGUUUCGAGAUUGCAGGCGGGGCAUGAUCGACAUGAGAAAACGUUUCCGGGGCAAUGCGCCCAUAUCGUCAAGCGUAGAGCUCGAAGGCAGCGGCGGUACGAAAGUCCACCAAUUGUACGGUGGCAAGCCCGCGUUUGAUGUCGUCGAGGGAAUGAAGAAAGAGCAGAAAGGCCAAGUCGAGGGUUUGGGGUUCGACCCGGACAAGACGAGAGGACUAUAA